AUGGGAGCUAUUGCCCCGGCUGUCUGUCUCCCGCAGAGUUGCUUCGGGUACCCCCUGAGCAUCUUCUUCAUCGUCAUCAAUGAGUUCUGCGAGAGGUUCUCCUACUAUGGCAUGCGAGCUCUGCUCAUCCUGUACUUCCGGAACUUCCUCCUCUGGGACGACAACCUGUCCACGGCCAUCUACCACACCUUCGUGGCCCUGUGCUACCUGACGCCCAUCCUUGGGGCCCUCAUUGCCGACUCCUGGCUGGGGAAGUUCAUGACAAUUGUGUCCCUCUCCAUCGUCUACACCAUCGGACAGGCCAUCACGGCGGUCAGCUCCAUCAUUGACCUCACUGGCGUGGGCGAAGAUAACCAGCCCAACAACCUGAACGUACACGUGGCUCUCUCCAUGAUCGGUCUGAUCCUCAUCGCCCUCGGGACGGGAGGCAUCAAGCCCUGCGUGUCGGCCUUCGGUGGGGAUCAGUUUGAAGAGGGUCAGGAGAAGCAAAGAAACCGGUUCUUUUCCAUCUUCUAUUUGGCCAUCAAUGCCGGAAGUCUGCUGUCGACCAUCAUCACCCCCAUGCUCAGAGUUCAAACGUGCGGGAUCCACACUACGCAGGCCUGCUACCCUCUGGCGUUUGGGGUUCCUGCGGCGCUCAUGGCCGUGUCUCUGAUCGUGUUCGUCAUCGGCAGCCCCUUGUACAAGAAGAUGAAGCCCCAGGGCAACAUCAUGGGCAAGGUCGUCAAGUGCAUAGGCUUUGCCAUCAAAAACAGGUUUCGGCAUCGGAGUAAGCAGUACCCUAAGAGAGAACACUGGCUGGACUGGGCUUCAGAGAAAUACGACGAGCGGCUCAUCUGCCAGAUCAAGAUGGUCACCAGGGUGAUGUUCCUGUACAUCCCUCUCCCCAUGUUCUGGGCCCUGUUCGACCAGCAGGGUUCCCGGUGGACAUUGCAAGCAACGACUAUGAGUGGCACAAUGGGCACAAUUGAGAUCCAGCCAGACCAGAUGCAGACUGUCAACGCCAUCCUCAUCGUCAUCAUGGUGCCCAUCAUGGAUGCCGUGGUGUAUCCCCUGAUUGCAAAAUGCGGCAUCAAUUUCACCUCCCUGAGGAAGAUGACGGUGGGGAUGUUCCUGGCCGCCUUGGCCUUCGUGGCAGCGGCCAUCGUGCAAUUGGAAAUUGACAAAACGCUGCCAGUCUUCCCCUCCGACAGCCAAAUCCAGGUGAAGGUGCUGAACACCUACCCGCAGUCCAUGAACGUCAUCUUCCCCACGGGUUCAAAGGAGCUUCCCUCGCUCGGGGAACUCGAUUAUCAGACUUUUGAUGUGGACAAGAUGUCAACCAUCACUAUCACAGCCAACAGCAUCUCAACUCCAGUUAAUUACAACUUUGAGAAGGGCCAGCGCCAUACUCUCGUGGUUUGGAACGCCACAAGUUACCUUGUGAUCAAGGAUGGCCUGACCCAGAAGCCAGAAAAAGGAGAAAAUGGAAUCAGGUUCAUCAAUGCGUAUGGGGGCAACCUGAACGUCAUCAUGGACUCAAAGAUGUUUCCCAACAUCAACUAUCAAAACAGCAGCGAGUAUCAGUUUUUCCCUUCAGGCGUAAAAUCUAUCAUACUGAACUCAACAGAGAUUCCAUCUAAUUGUAUAAGCAGCUUCGAGUCUAUCAAACUCCAAUUUGGCAGUGCCUAUACCUACGUGAUCCACAGAUCUUCGAACAACUGCCCAGAGCUACUGAUGCCGUCCAAUGACAUCGCCCCGAACACGGUGAACAUGGCACUGCAGAUCCCACAGUACUUCCUGCUCACCUGCGGGGAGGUGGUCUUCUCCGUGACCGGGCUGGAGUUCUCCUACUCGCAGGCGCCUUCCAACAUGAAGUCCGUGCUGCAGGCCGGCUGGCUGCUGACCGUGGCCGUGGGCAACAUCAUCGUGCUCAUCGUGGCGGGGGCCGGCCAGUUCAGCGAGCAGUGGGCCGAGUACAUCCUGUUCGCCGCCCUGCUCCUGGCCGUCUGCGUGAUCUUCGCCAUCAUGGCUCGGUUCUACACCUACAUCAACCCCACAGAGGUGGAAGCUCAGUUUGAUGAGGAUGAGAAGAAAAAGGGCCUGGGGACAGGGGCUGUGUCACCCACCGCCCCGACCGUCACCCAGACGAAUUUUUGA